AUGGCGUCUCCCCUGCAGCAAGCCAGCUGUCCAUUCGACUCUGAGACUCCGCCGCACACAAUGCCUGAGGUCAACUCAGGGGUCUCAGCAUUUUCCCAGUGGCGGGAGAAACAGCCCGUGGGCAGGAAGGGAGUGGAUCAGAAAGUUCUAGCGGAAUGCAGGAAGGGGCCGGAGCUGGGAACCCACGGCGGGGCCGGGUCAGACCGAAGGAGCGGGCGCCAACGGGACAUCGUCUUCCCUCGUCAGGGCCUGAGGAUGCAGCCAGAGCUGGCGAAGGGGACCGCGCGCAGGGUCCCGCGGGAGCGAGCAGGUAAGGGCGCGCAGGGCGCCGGGGCCCGCGUGGGGUGUGCCAAGGCGGAGCCCCCGACGCCGGGCUGGGCCCUCACGCUGGAGGGCCUGGAGGCCAUGCGGCCCGCGCAGCGCCACAGCCACCUGCUCUUCGGCGACCUGCUGGAGGACGUGGGCGCGUCCGCUUCCGUCUUCCCGAGUGAGUCAGCAGAGCUGGGGUACCGCAUGCCUGACCCGCGCGCGUGGACGCUGCAGCUCGAGACGCCCGCGCAGCGCCAGGACCGGGUCCUCGGCGUCCUCAAGGCCGCCGAGGCCCGCGGCCGCCCAAGGCUCCGCAACAUCCCCGCGCCCUGACCCCGGCACCCGCAGGCGGGGGAGAUCUCGCUCCUAAUCCUGCGGCAGAAGUCCGCGCGCGCCGCCCUCCGGCUGGAGCUGUUCCUGCCGCCGCAGCUGAAGCCCACGCGGAUCCCAGACCCCCUAGACCGCCGAGAGCGGAGACGCGUGGAAACCAUUCUGGAGGAGAAAGUCGACGGCAGCAUCUUCCCGCGUUGA